AUGCUGAGACCGCGGGCAUGUCGGGCAUUUGGAACGAUCAAGCCUCAUGACCUGACUGCGCUACCACGUUUACGAUCUGUUCCAUGCCUGCUGAUGCGCGGGGGCACAUCGCGCGGACCUUAUUUCCUGGCGUCAGAUUUGCCAACGGAACGCUGGACGCCCUUCCUGCUGGAUGUGAUGGGCUCCCCUCAUGCCCUGCAAAUCACUGGGCUGGGCGGUGGAAAUUCGCUGACCAGCAAAGUUGGGAUCAUGGCACCAUCCCAACAUGGGGAGGAUGUGGAUUACACCUUUGCCCAGGUUCGAGUAGAUGAGGCUGUUGUGAAAUGGAAGGCAAACUGUGGAAAUAUCCUUGCAGGAGCUUCUUGGCCUGUGGGCCCUGCUGCGAUCAUGCGGGGCCUGGUAAAGGCUGAGGACCCAGAGACGAAGAUCCGGAUCUUCAAUACGAACACGAAAACACGAGCGCUGGUGACACUGCAAACCCCUGGUGGACAACUGACCUUCGAUGGCCCUACAGCAAUUGAUGGUGUUCCAGGAACAUCAGCUCCCAUCAAGGUCACCUUCCUGGAUGUGCUGGGGGCACGCACGGGCAAGAUUUUUCCCACGGGCCAUCGUUCAGAGCUCAUUGAUGGCGUGCGAGUCACCUGCAUUGAUAGUGCCAACCCAGUGGUGCUGAUGCACUUUGAACAACUGGGCCUGGAAACCGGCCAUGAGGCUGUCGAGGAGCUGAACCACGACCUUCCAAUGCUCCAACGCUUGGAACACAUCAGACAGGAAGCAUCCCUUCGCAUGGCUUUGGGACCUGCUCAGGGCAAGAAUCUCCCCAAGGUUGCUGUUUUAUCUCCACCUUCAGAUGGUGGCAGCAUCUGCUCGCGCUACUUUGUCCCUGACUGUUGCCAUGCCGCACACGCCGUGACUGGUGCCAUUGCCAUUGCUGUUGCCACCACCUUCGAUGGCACCGUGGCCGAAGAAGUGGCUGUACAGCAGGAAGGACCCCUGCGAAGGGUGGAGGUGGAGCAUCCCUCAGGCCGGAUCCAGCUGGAUUUGGUGUUGGAUCUCAGUGGUUCGAAGGUGGGCCGUUCCACCGGUGCUAAGGUGAAUGGAAGGGUAAAGGAGGCCAGCCUCAUCAGAACUGCAAAACCAAUUAUGGAUGGGCAGGUUUUUGUGUGCUCAAGACAUUUUGAAGGAUAA